CGGUAGCACAUCGGUAAAUCUUCGUGCCUCCAACAUACACACGAAAAGCGCCGCAAAGCUUGGCCUGCCUCUGCUCCGUUCAUAAGCGCGGCAAAAACAAAGGUUGCGCGGCCUCCCUCCGUUCGACACAGCUGCUCGACAUCCCUACGAGCUUCAAUCUUCUCAUCCCUACCUUUACCCCAACACCCACUUUGGUUUUACCCCGGGGUGGCAAAUCACUUCAUGAAAUCCGGAUUAUAGCGAAAAACGCAGAAGGGCUGUGUAGUCUGAGAAGAUGAAUGGUCUAGCAUACGGGGGCGGGCAGCAGUUGCUCGCGAGUCAACCGCGAGUGACUCUGCGGCACAUUGACGAGGAAAGGGCAGAAUUUAUCCUUGAAGGCGUAGACCUGAGCUUUGCCAACUCUCUACGAAGAGUGAUGAUCGCCGAUAUCUCGACAGUCGCUAUUGACACUGUCCAUAUUGAGGUCAAUACCUCUGUUCUCCCGGAUGAAUUCAUCGCGCAUCGAUUAGGAAUGAUUCCGCUAUAUAGUAUGGAUUGCGACAAGGUACUCGUCGACCAAAGGGAAUGUGUCUGUGAAGACGGAUGCGACAGGUGCUCUAUCGAACUUCUGCUCGAUGUGUCUUGUCGGAAAGGCUCAAACCAGACAGAAAAAGUAACUUCGAAAGAGUUGUUGCGCAGCGUGAGUAUUGCAGCUACUUCGCAACUGGAUGGAGAAGAAGAUGGUCCGGUACCCAGUGCACCAAAGCAUCCCGACUUUGGCAAGCCUGUAGGGAUCGAUUCUCCCGAUUCUCCAGGCAUUCUCAUUGCAAAGCUCGCGGCAGGACAGCAACUCAAGCUCAAGUGCAUCGCAAGGAAGGGGUUCGCGAAAGAGCACGCAAAGUGGUCACCAGUAUCGGCUGUGGGCUUCGAAUACGACCCGUACAACACGCUACGGCAUACAGCCUACUGGUAUGAGGUGGACGCCAAGGCUGAGUGGCCGCUCAGCAAAAAUGCUGAGCAAGAGGACCCACCGGAUGAGAAAGCACCCUUCGACUACACAAGAAAGGCGGACAAGUUUUACUUUGAUGUUGAGACUGUUGGCAGCAUGGCUCCAGAGGAAGUGGUCGAAACAGGUCUCUCGAUCCUCGAAUACCGGACAGCCCAAGUGAUUCAAGAGCUUGGAGUCCAGGACGAAGACGAUCCAUACAUGGGAGGGGGGUAUGGGGCCAUGAAUGGUUUUGCCGAGGGAGCCCCCAAUGGCAUCAAUGGCGGAAUGCUAGGCGGAGGGUAUUAGUCCGCUCCUUUUCAUCGCACGUUGCCACGCUAGUCGACACUGUACAAUAGUCACAUGCAAAGAGCCCCAUUUAGGCAGAUGCAUU